GUCGCUGUUCCCGGGCCGGCGGGCAGUAUAAAGCACAGGGUUUGUGCAUAGGAAUUUCAAACCAAACAUCAUCCCAGAUCUGCAGUGUCAGUCAGUGCAUCCGCAACUAAAUGUCACCGAUCUUCAAAUAUGGAAGAGGAGAUGCUUGCCCAUUUUAUUUCUGAUAAGAGGCAGUAAAACUUCACCCCUAAAUGAGAGUGUUCUACAGCACUGACUGUGGAAGAGCUUUGGCCAGUUACACAGCAGGAGACACCAGGGAAAAUACAAACACAUGCUCCGAGAGGUGAAACUUGGAGUGAAGCCAGAUAAGUUUUCUUCAAGUCUCUGAAGGAGUGAGCAAAUAUUUCCCUGAUAAAAGUGAUACAUCAAUGUGGGUUGUUGAUGCUGGGAAUGGAAACAGUUCCCCAGUUCCAGGUGGAAAUAUAAAUCAGGAUGAGAGGGACCUUACUUGGUUUUUGUCUGGGAAUUAGUUCACUGAUUGGUCAUCCUGGUGAAAAUACUGUAGUCAGCCCACCAAUGAUCUGGUGCGUUGAGAACACACUAGCACUGGAGACUGGCUGUUCACCUGCUGUGAGGGAGUGAAGGGAUUCACUAUGUCUUCUGAAAUGAGUCCACACCAGCGGGUUCACACCGGGGAGAGGCUGUUCAUCUGCUCCGAGUGUGGGAGGGGAUUCACUCAGUCGUCUAACUUGCUGAGACACCAUCGGGUCCACACUGGGGAGAGGCCGUUCACCUGCUCCAUGUGUGGCAAUGGAUUCACGCUAUCGUCCAGCCUGAGGACACAUCAGCAACUUCACACUGGGGAGAGGCCAUUCACCUGCUCCGAGUGUGGGAGGCGAUUCACUCUGUCAGCUCAUCUGAGGAGACACCAGCAAGUUCACACUGGGGAGAGACCGUUCACCUGCUCCGAGUGCGGAAAGGGAUUCACUCGGUCGUCCAGCCUGAUGACGCACCAGCGAGUCCACACUGGGGAGAGGCCGUUCAUCUGCUCUGACUGUGGCAGAGGAUUCACUCAGUCAUCCCACCUGAUAACACACCAGCGCCUUCACACCGGCGAGAGGCCGUUCACCUGCCCUGAGUGUGGGAAGGGAUUCAAUCGAUCUUCCGACUUCCUGACUCACCAGCAGGUUCACACCGGGGAGUGGCAGUUCACCUGCUCUGAGUGCGGGAGGGGAUUCACUCGGUCGUCCAGUCUGAUGAGGCACCAGCGAGUUCACACCGGGGAGAAGCCGUACACCUGCUCCGUGUGCGGGAAGGGAUUCACUCGGCAGUCCCUUAGGACUGAGAAUGACUUGUUUCCACUCCAGUUUUACGAGUUCCGGGGUGGAUCAUGAGGGCAAGGUGGGAACUGCAGGCGCAACUGUUUACUCCCAACACUGGAGGUCGAAAAGGCUGGAGAAAGCAAGCUGAGUGUGCUGGGGGGCAGCCCGCAAGUGUCGCCACGCUUCCGGCACCAACAGAGCACACCCACAACUUCCUAACCCGUACGUCUUUGGGAUGUGGGAGGAAGCCGGAGCACCCGGAGGAAACCCACGCAGACACGGGGAGAACGUACAAACUCCUUACAGACAGCGGCUGGAAUUGAACCCGGGUCGCUGGCGCUGUAAUAGCGUUACGCUAACCGCUACACUACCGUGUUUGCCUAUGAGAAUGAUCUGGAGGAUGAAAGGAGCGUUUGAUGGCUCUGGGCCUGUACUCCUGGGGUUUAGAAAGAUCAGGGGGGAUCUCAUUGAAACCUACCGAAUAUUGAAAGGCCUGGAUAGAGUGGACAUGGAGAGGAUGUUUCCAGUAGUGAGAGAGUCUAGGACCAGGGGGCACAGCCUCAGAAUAGAAGGACGUCCCUUUAGAACAGAGAUGAGGAGGAAUUUCUUUAGCCAGAGGGUGGUGAAUCUGUGGAAUUCAUUGCCACAGACAGCUGUGGAGGCCAAGUCAUUGGGUAUAUUUAAAGCGGAGGUUGAUAGGUUCUUGAUCAGUAAGGGCGUCAAAGGUUAUGGGGAGAAGGCAGGGCAAUAGGGUUGAGAAGAAAAAUAAAUCAGCCAUGAUCGAAUGGCGGAACAGACUCGAUGGGCCGAAUGGCCUAAUUCUACUCCUAUGCCUUAUGGUCUUUUGGAAUUAGACCACGUUAGAUCAGUGUAAAUUGUAUUGAGUCCCUUGGGGGGAGUAAAUUACGGAAUCGAUGGUCAGUCCCUGGCCAGUUUCCCAUUCUCUCUUCUCCCGUCUCCCAUCUGGUAGAAGAUAUAGGAGCCUGAGGGCACGUACCACCAGGCUCAAGGACAGCUUCUACCCCACUGUGAUAAGACUGUUGAACGGUUCCCUUAUACGAUGAGAUGGACUCUGACCUCACGAUCUACCUUGUUGUGACCUUGCACCUUAUUGCACUGCACUUUCUCUGUAGCUGUGACACUUUACUCUGUACUGUUAUUGUUUUUACCUGUGCUACCUCCAUGAACUCUGUACUAACUCAAUGUAACUGCACUGUGUAAUGAAUUGACCUGUACAAUCAGUGUGCAAGACCCGUUUUUCACUGGACCUCGGUACAAGUGACAAUAAUAAACCAACACCAAUACCAAACCCAGCAACGAGGCAGCGCAUGGUCUGGCUCGGCUUCAUUCACUCUCCUGGGAAUGGGGGGUCAGGGAGCCGAGCUUCUGUUGGGAACUAAAGACGACGGCUUCAGUCUUUCCCUUGAUUCGAUUGUACAAAGUCUCUAC